GCGGUGGGAGAAGUGGUGUGGGACCCGUGUGUAAUCAGAGCGAGGAGUGGGGUGUUGAAGAAGACUUCAACAUCACGACAGCGAAGGGUUGAGGGUAAAAGCCAGCUUGCAAUGAAGCAAGAGUCUCACCUACCGUUUCUUUCUUUUUAGCCUCUCUCUAAUUCUCAACUUCAUACGCCAUUUUUGGUUGCUGUCAACUCUCUUUUCUCUCCUCCUUCUUCAUAUUAUCUCAUAUAUAUACAUAUAACAUAUACGUAAUGGAGGAAUAGUAUAGGAGCCUUGUUUGCCUUGUGUUUUGUUUCAGAGUUUUGCUUUGAAAUUUGUGCCCUAUAAAGAGAUACUGUAUACUCUGCUACUGUUUUUGGAGCAUUUGGGCGGGAUUUUUUUGGGGUUUUAACUACAGGAAAAUUACUGCAAAUUUUCAAGUUCUGAGGCCUUCUGAAUUUGAUUCUUGAAGUAUUUUCCCUUGCCAACAAACAAACUUCAAGGAAAAGUUUGUAGAAAUAUAAAGUGAUGGGGCCUAAUUUCAUGGAUGAAAUUGACUGUGGAAAUUUCUUUGAUCAAAUUGAUGACUUGAUGGAGUUCCCCCCUGAAAAUGAGUGUGCUGGCGGUGGCCUUGUUGGUAAUGGUGAUAUCAAGGAUUUUCCAAGCAUUUGGGACGAUGCAUUGCGAGAUACCGACCCCCUUUUCUGCGGCAGCACUAGCAAUACUGCAUCCGACCUCUCAACUGAGCUUGCUGUUCCGUAUGAGGACAUCGUUCAGCUAGAAUGGCUUUCGACAUUUGUGGAGGAUUCCUUCUCGGGUGGAGGGUCGACCUUUGGAAAAGAAAACUUGUGCGGAAACACAGAGCCAUCACAUAACCAAUUCCAAUCAUCGAGUCCCAUUUCUGUACUUGAGAGCAGCAGUAGCAGCAGCAGCUCCUGCGCUGGAGGGAAGACUAUGCCUCUCAGUCCAAGUCACCGGGGUCCACAACGUGCUCGAAGCAAGCGUCCUCGUCCAGCAACUUUCAAUCCCCGACCUGCUAUCCAACUCAUAUCCCCUCCGUUCUCCUCCAUCCAGGCUCCCCAGCCAUUUGUUACUCCUGGAGUUUCCUCAGAAGGUGAGAACUUUGCAGAGUCUCAACCAGUGAAGAAGAUCCCCAAACCAGUUUAUGGAGUGGAGAAAAAGAAAAAGAAAAUCAAACUGUCCAUUCCACCUGAGUCAAAUCAGAAUCCUUCAACACAAGCCGUUAGGAAAUGCCUGCACUGUGAGAUAACAAAGACUCCCCAAUGGAGGGCCGGCCCAAUGGGGCCGAAAACUCUUUGCAAUGCAUGUGGUGUCCGCUACAAGUCAGGCCGAUUGUAUCCCGAAUAUCGCCCCGCUGCAAGUCCCACAUUCAGUCCAACUUUGCACUCAAAUUCUCACAAGAAAGUCGUCGAAAUGAGAAGCAAGAUCGGAGAACGUUCUGUAGCAAACACCCCAACUGCUGCUAAACCGGAGUUCACCCCAGAAGCUUCCCCGGUGUGCAUGUGACGAAACGUCCUCGUUGCCAUUCUAUUGCAGGUUCUUUCAUUUGUUUGUUCAUUGGUUCUUUGUACAGUGAUGCAAUGAGGGUCAGGAGCUCUAGUUUACAAUAUUUAGCCAAGUAGAGAGAAGGAAUGAGAUGAUCAAAGAAUCAGAAAAAGGUUAGAGAUUAAAAUGGAGUUUAGGGAGUCAGUGCUUAGUUUUUAGACUUGUUUAGGUCAUAUUAUAGCUUUGUGGUCAGCGUUCUUCCAUUUCCCUCUUUUGGGAAUUCUUUUUGCAGUUAAUUUGUUGUAGGAAUUUCUUAAAUUAGUAUUGAGUUUGAAUUAAGUCUUAAACUCUUGCCUAUUUUCCAUUUCUAUUUAAGUAUUUGAAUGGUUGGUUGUC